UUACAUAAAGUAUUAUAGUUACUGAUGUUUACAUCAUCUUCAUCGUAGGCCUCUGUUCUUCUCGAGAUAAAAUCUUUGUUAAAUGCCUAGUUUUCUUUACCAAAUAUAACUUUCAUGGACUCAAAGGUUUACUAGAUGUGUAGAUAUUAAGGAAAUAAAUGUAGCAUGGCUUUCCAAGGGAGUUUUCAAGCCGAGCGAGCGACUGAACAAGACACGUUUCGGUGUCGUAAAUGCCGAGUAUUUCUAUUCAAUGGGAGAAGCCUGGCGGCCUUUCAUAAAAAGACUGAAGCAGUGGACCAGUGUUCAUCGUGGUAUUUAGAUGCUGACCAAGACUGUAUGAGAGACACUUUGCCCUGGAUCCAUGUUAUUAUUGUGAAGGCCCAAUGGACAGAGGGUAAGAUCUAUUGCCCUAAAUGCAAAAGUCGUAUUGGGGCAUUCAACUUUAUCCAUGGUGUACGGUGUAGCUGUUUCACAUAUGUUAUCCCUGCUGUCUGGAUUCAGAAAUGCAAAGUCGAUCAAACAUCUUUACAGGACAUCAACAGAAUAAAUAUACGCUAUGCUAUGACUGAUUCAGAUACCUUGAAGAAUACAGCAGCAGCAGAAUCAUUGACAGGAGCUUAUGGUACUUCUCUAGCUUGUAAUGUAGACUCUACAGGAAUAUUAGAUAACAUAAAUGAAGUACCUGGCAAGAAUAAAAAAUUGAACCAAGGCAAUAAAACAUUAAGCUGGGCAGGCAACAGCUCAAAAGAAACACAAUAUGCUGGUUAUGGUCAUAACAGAUACAUUUUGGAGCAGGAAAUUAUAUGCAAUGGACAAGAAGUUGUAUUAUCCCAUGAAGAACAAACUUAUCACAUAAAGCAGACUUUGCUAGAUACACAAGACCAUGAGUCUAUGGCUCAGUGUACUGUAUCAGGCAGUUAUAGGGUAUCCCCAGUUGUGCUGAAGUGUUCCUCUAGAUUAGAAGCCCUUCACAAACACCAGCAUGAGCUUCGAAAAAGGAGACUUGAGAACACUUUUGAAGAUACCAGCCAUGAUAAGGUACUGAAUGUUAGAAUUGGUCAUCUUUCUGGAGUAUCAAGGUACCAUGUGCUGGAAAAUGAUGUGCAAGAAAUGCAAGUGCAUGAGGUUGAACCAGAAAUAGAGAGUGACCAAGUAGAAUUGCCGGAUCACCUCUCUUGUCCUGUGUGUCUGGACCUGUUGUUUGAUCCCUUUUCCUGUGGGUGUGGUCACAUGUUUUGUGACCCCUGUUUGAGGCUUCUCAACAAUAAGUCACCAAGAAAGGUCCUGAGGUGUCCUCUUUGCAGAAAACCUGUAAACUAUAUUUUUCCAGCUGAAGUGACUAGAGCUGAGGUGCGAAAGACAUUCCCUCAUGAGUACAGGAAACGUUGGAAGAUGGAGGUCCGUUCACCACAUAGACUUCUUCCAUUACCCGAUGGCAAGCCAAGACCAAAGAAAAAGAAAGUGUCAUGUUAUUCAGACCUCCAUUUACCAUAUUUCAUGAUCGCUAUGGUAGCUCUAGUGUUUGUGUGUUGUGUCCUGUGCAUUGUGUUUCUCAUUAGUGCUUGCCCUCCAGGAAGUAAAGGCUGUAUACAGGGAGAACUCUUCUUUGAUUAGCAAGGAUUUUGUUAGGGUAGAAAAUUAAAUCAAUAAAGGUGUUUGUAUUUUCCAAA